ACGGAUACCUCAAAAAGGAAGGAUGUGAAAAAGGAUGGAGGGACGCAGGAAGAGAGGGGGGACAGGCUGGUGAAAAACAGCACCCUCUCUUAGUGCGAUAUAUAUCUGCCUCCCCCCCUCGGCAGGUUGCCAUGGUCGCCAUACCUACUCUCUCUCUCCUAUUGGUCCUGGCAGAGUGGACAGGUCUGGUGGACGCCUCCCCCCACCUCCUGCUCCGGCCCAGCCCACGGGAACGUGAUGCAGGGGCCAUGAUGAACUUCAACAUUGCCGUGAUCCACGCUGGUAAUACAGUGCAGUCAGAGGCGGCGGUGGCGGGGUCAGGAGGCAGGGUGCUCUACCCUGGUUUCGGCCGGGUAUACGGCUCCCUGGGGGAGAGCGUGGUCACCCAGUGGGGCUCUGCUAAUGUCAUCUGGCUACAGGUGAACGACAGUAGUCCUAAGACAGUGCUGUCCCAGCUGUGUGAGCUGCUGGCGGCGCGGCCCCUGCAGGGUCUGGUUUAUGAAGAGGAGAGGCCCCCUCGCACAGCCUGGGGUCCAUUGGCCCCCAUGCUGGAGUUUGUCUCGGCGCAAACAGGACUGCCCAUAGUGGCUGUAGGAGGGGGAGCGGGGCUGGGGAGGAUGCCACAGGAAUCAGGUUCCAUCUUUCUCCAGUUCAGCUCCUCUACUGCCCUCCAAUUAGAGGUCAUCUUUGAGGUGCUGGAGGAGUACGAUUGGACCGCCUUUUCCGUGGUGUCCACACGUCACCACGGCUACCAAGAUUUCCUGUCCGUGGUGGAGGGCCUGACGGACGGCUCGUUCAUCGGCUGGGAGAAGAAGAGUGUGGUGAUCCUGAACGUGACCGACGACCCUGGGGGGGCACGCACGCGCAGACUGCUGAAGGAGAACGAGGCGCAGGUACGUUUGCUGUACUGCUCCCAGGAGGAGGCCGAGCUGGUGUUCCGAGCUGCCUGGGCUGCUGGUCAGGCAGGAGCCUCGCACAUGUGGUUUGCCGUGGGGCCAGCUCUCUCAGGUUUAGGGAUGGAGAACCUGCCGCGGGCUCUGUUCGCCGUGCGGCCUCAGGGCUGGAGGGACGAGCCGCGCCGUAGAAUUGCUCGGGGUGUGUCCGUGCUGACUCACGGGGCAGUGGCCAUGCGCAAGGAUUAUGGAACAACGGGUGGGCCAAACUUUGUCACCAACUGCAUGACGGAUGCCAAUCAGACUCAGAGACUGCGGGGCAGGAUGAGGUAUUUCAGCAACAUCACACUUGGCGGUCGAGACUACUCCUUCAACGUUGAUGGUUACCUGUCGAACCCUUUCCUGGAUGUCAUUUCCUGGACACCUGGACGGGGAUGGGAAGAUGUAGGCUGGUGGGAGAAUGGCGUGCUGAGGCUCCGAUACCCAGCCUGGUCCCGCUACGGGCCAUUCCUUAAACCACCUGAUGAUGCCCAGCACCUGCGUGUUGUCACUCUGGAGGAGAGGCCAUUUGUCAUCGUGGAGCUGGCAGACCCUGCAUCCGGGACCUGCAUCCGUGACUCAGUGCCCUGCAGACGACCCCUCAAUGCCAGUGCCAUCCAUGAGGGCGUGGCUCCCAUGAAGCAGUGCUGCAAAGGCUUCUGCAUUGACAUCCUCAAGAGACUGGCCAAGAUUGUUGGCUUCACCUAUGACCUUUACCUCGUGACCAAUGGGAAACAUGGGAAGAAAAUUGAUGGAGUUUGGAACGGCAUGAUUGGAGAGGUGGUUUACAAGCGAGCGGACAUGGCUAUUGGCUCGCUGACUAUCAAUGAGGAGCGGUCAGAGGUUGUGGAUUUUUCAGUCCCUUUUGUGGAGACCGGGAUCAGUGUCAUGGUAUCCCGUAGCAACGGAACUGUAUCACCAUCUGCUUUCUUAGAACCCUACAGCCCAGCAGUGUGGGUGAUGAUGUUCGUCAUGUGCCUGACUGUGGUCGCUGUGACCGUCUUUAUUUUUGAGUUCUUCAGCCCUGUGGGCUACAACCGCAGUCUCCAGAAUGGCAAGAAGGCUGGAGGCUCUACUUUCACUAUAGGAAAGUCUGUAUGGCUUUUAUGGGCCAUUGUCUUCAACAACUCUGUGCCAGUGGAGAACCCCAGAGGAACCACCAGCAAGAUCAUGGUGCUGAUCUGGGCCUUCUUUGCCGUCAUCUUUCUGGCCUCCUACACUGCUAACCUGGCCGCUUUCAUGAUCCAGGAGGAGUACAUUGACACUGUGUCAGGCCUCUCGGACAAGAAGUUUCAACAUCCCGAGGAGCAGUACCCACCUCUCAAGUUUGGCACGGUGCCCAACGGAAGCACAGAAAAGAAUAUCCGCUCCAACUACCCAGACAUGCACCAGUACAUGGGCAAAUAUAACCAGAGGGGAGUGGAGGAUGCCAUACUCAACCUCAAGACCGGGAAGCUGGAUGCUUUUAUUUAUGAUGCUGCAGUAUUGAACUAUAUGGCCAGGAAGGACGAAGGUUGUAAGGUGAUGACCAUAGGCUCGGGGAAGGUUUUUGCCACCACAGGCUACGGUAUCGCCCUGCACAAAAACUCACGCUGGAAACGUCCUCUUGACCUGGCCCUGCUGCAGCUGGUGGGAGAUGAUGAGAUUGAGAUGCUGGAGCGUCUCUGGCUGUCUGGUAUUUGCCAUAAUGACAAAAUUGAGGUGAUGAGCAGUAAACUGGAUAUUGACAACAUGGCUGGGGUCUUCUACAUGCUGCUGGUGGCCAUGGGCCUGAGUCUGCUGGUGUUUGCCUGGGAACACUUGGUCUACUGGAAGCUGCGCCACUGCAUGGCCACCAGUUCUGGCAAACUGGACUUUCUCCUUGCAAUCAGCAGGGGAAUGUAUAGUUGUUGCAGCUUUGAGGAUGAAACAGCACCUGGUGGAGCAAAAUCUUUGCCCACCCAUCACCAUACGGCAAUGGUGACAGUCCCAUCCCAGCCACAUGUUGUCUCAACGUCUAUGACCAACCCAGUUAUUGCCAUGGCGCAACAGCAGCAACCCCCGCAACAGCAGCAACCACAGACUGUCUACAAAACACCUCUACCAGGCUCACCUCCCACCAUGGUGCAUUCUGGGACAGCACUGGGCCCCUCCAACACCCCCAUUGCUGGCGCACCCCUCCCUUGCACCACCUUUCUGCCUCGGCCAGAUCGUAGACUGGCUGUGGUGGAUCGCUGGAGACUGCCCAAAUCAGCUACAGCUACCAACCCUAUGGCUGUAAGGUGGCCCAUCACUGACAUGGGACCCUUUGCUCAGAAAGUCCCACCAAACUGGGCUCCAAGUGCUGGAGGGGGUGGGGGACUCGAUGGUUAUAAGAGAUACUAUGGUCCCAUUGACCCUGAGGGACUGGGGCCCUGCAUGGAGCAGCAGGCAGGGUCCCAGACCCCCAAGACUAUGCCCAGGGGGGCCGUUAAAUCUCUGGGCACUCCCAGAGUGCCUCCUAAGAGUCAGGCCCCUCUGCCUCCUACACCCCCACUGCCACACCCCUCUCCCCCUCUCCCCUCAUCCUUCUGGAGGAAACGCAGACCCAAGAAGCCCAAAGAGCCUGGAGGGCCACUCUAUGAGAACAUUCUGCCCCUGGGGCGGAGGGGAGCAGCACGAGAUGGAGUGAGGGAGGGAGGAGGGAGAAGGGCACGCCCGCUCUCUCCCCCGCUCUCACUUCCUGUGCCAGUACCCCUCAGCCCCUCCUAUACACCUCCUUCUCCAUCUGCGUCCUUACACUAUACGUCCUCGACCUCUUCGUCAACCACUUCAUCCACUUCCACAUCCUCAUCUGCUUCAUCUUCUCGCUCCACCUCUCCCACCUACUCUUACAGCUCCUCCAGGAGCACACGAGACAGGACUGGAGGAAUAGAUGGAGAGGAUGAUGAUGAUGAUGAAGAGCUGACAGAAGAGUCAAGCCUCCUCCUCGGUAGGGGGAGGGACAGGGAACGCUCAAUCAUCCGGCCUCGUUCCUUCAGCCACGGGCGCCUGCCACCACCCAUACCCCCCCGAAAACCACGAACAUCCUGGGGUGACAGAGAGAGAGAAAGGGAGAGAGGGGGGAGCCAACUAUCUCAACUCCAAGAGUGGUGGGCAAGCUGGAGCGAGAGAGAAAGGAGUGGAGCAGGCGGAGAUUCUGAGAGGCAAAAAAGGGAAAAGAAAAGAAGGAAAGAGAAGGAGAAAGAGAAGAAGAAGAAGAAAAAGAACAAAAAGAGGAAAAAGAGGGAAGAAAGGGAAAGAGAGCGAGAGAGAGAAAGGAAGCGGCGAAAAGUGAAAAAGAAGAAAAAGAAGGCACUGAAGACAAAGAAAAGGAGGAAAUCAACUGGGGGGAAACGAUCUGAGCCAGAGGAAGGAGAUGUAGAGGCAGAGAGGGAAGGAGAGGCAGAAGGAGACAGGGAAGGAGAAAUUCAAGACUACUCCUCCUUCUCUGCUCAGUAUAGGAGCACAUUUGGGGAGAAAGGGAGAGAUUCCUGGGAAGGAGACAGAGACAGAGGAAGGAGAGAGGGAGGAGAUGAGGGCAAUGACAGGGAAGAGGAGGACAGUGGUAGAAGCAGGGACAGGCAUCCCAAAUCCUCACGCUCCCAUUCCAGACAUCGAACCCCCAGCAAGCGCUAUCCUAACCUUCACAAACUCCCUGCAUCAGUCAAAUUUUGGGUGAAUGGAAGAGGAGAUAACUCUAGUACUCCACCAACAUCCCUCCAUCCACUACUUUCAUCCUCCAAGCGGAGAAGAAGUGGAGGAAUGGACAGAGACGAUAGCGGCCGAGUUGGAGAGCGGCGUCCUUUGUUAAUGCAUUAUGAAAAAGAGAAAGCACAGACAAGAGAAGGACUGUCAUUCCAUGAGUGGGAUUCUGAAGAUGAUGAUGAUAAUGAUGAGGAAGAGGAGGAGAGAGAGAGACUGAGGGAGCGUGAGGAAAGGAGAAGGAGAGCAGGUAGGGGGGCGGUGUCCGAGUCAGAGAGGGACAGAGCCAGGGCAGACGACAGUUACUCAGAUGAGGGCUCAUCAGGGGAGUUUGGUCGUUUUGAAAGAUAUUGGGAGGGAGGUGCAUCUGGAAGUGGGGGAAUAGGAGGAAUAGGUGGAGGAGGCUGGUUCUUUGGCACCUACCCUUCCAGAGAGAAAGGGGGCAGUAUCAACAGUAGGGAUGAUUCCUUACUAGGAACUCGGGCAGAGGGAUGGUUUGGCGGGGAUUUCUGGGGUUCAGGGCCAGGUGCAGGUUGGGGGUCAGAGGGAGGGCUUGGGGGGUUAAGCUCACAGUGGCCGCCACCCCCAACAGCCUUUCCUCCUCCUAGACGAUAUUGGUCAAUGGAUAAGAUCCCGGUGAAGGGAGAGAAAAAAUGGAAGAGUGGAGGAGGGAAGAGCAAGGGGAGAUCUAGGGACAGAGGUGAAGAAGCAGGACGAGCCACCAUGUGUUCCUGUAACCUUUAUCCCCAGCCCCAUCCUUACCCGCAUCCCCACAGUCGCUCACACACCUCCCACUCCAAAAGAGGAACCACUACGCUUUCCCAUAGCCAGGAAGAGCUUCUCCCCCACUGCCACAGCUUCAGCGGAGUCUCCCGCCCCAAGCCUCUGCCUCCCAAACCAGAUCAGUCCAAAUCUGGCAGCCAAUCUAACCUCAGCCUCAGCCUCAGCACACAGCCCACAGACCAUCCGCCUCAGCCUUCACCGUCGCCACCCCAGCAGUCGUCCAUGUCUCCCUCUUCUCUCCCGAUGCCCAUCCCGCCUCCGCCCUCCACAUCCCCCAUCUCGCCACCUGCUGGGGUAGGGAUGGGGGGCCAGGGACAGGCUCAGGCUUCGGCCAGUGCCAAACUCCAAUAUCAGAGACUGCGCUCGGUGCCACAACCGCGGAGGUUCUACUCCCCCCACCUGCCUCUCAAAGCCAAGAGCCUGUGCUCGCGCCGAGGGUCAGCCCAUUUCUCCAGCCUGGAGAGUGAGGUAUGACAGGGGGAGAGGAGAGAGGGAGACGUGGGAGCGAGCACCACUGUUGAUGAGAACCAUGGUGCCAUGGUAGCUGCAGCCAGGGAUAACACAAGAGACACAGCUGCCUUGGUGACCAUAGGUGAUCAAUUAGCGGCCAUCACUGCGGGAACUAAUUUGGACUGUAGUGCUAUUGCUAACACUACUUUGUGUGAGAGCAACGCUACCGCCACCCGCUCCAUUGUACAAGUUCUCGUGAGAGCGACAGUGAGACGCCACACCAGGUUGAGCUAUGUCCGCCUGGAUGGCUCCCACGGUGACGAGAGUGAAGGUGAGGCUGCAUCGCCGAGGACAGCAGCCCCUGAACUUCUCCUCCGCUCAGAAUUGAGCUUUGUGAUGUCAUCUUCGGUUCUCCUCCCCUCCCAGAGUCACAACUAUGGAUAUGAGUAGUCUCCAAUCUGUGAGUAAUGAUGUCAUAUUUGUACACACAAACCCACACACCCAGCAGACACACACACACAAUCAGAUGAAUGCUCACAACGUCUCCCUCCCUCUGGCUUUGAGAACACACCUCGGUGGGAUGUGGAUGGACCCACCCUCUCCCAGAAGAUGCCAGUUGUUUGGUCAAUAGACUCUGCCUCCCUGUCCUCAUUGGCUGUUGGCUUUUGAACUGGAUUAGUGGACGGCUCCUUGGUGUCGGAGAGACUGCCCCUUUUUUUUCCCUUUGGUAAAUCAGUUGAUAUAAAAAGCAAUGCAGUCACCUCUCCCGUGCCCUCUGUCUGCCUGAUAACCUUUCACUGGGCAGCAAGGACAGUGCUAUUUAUUUGCCCUUUGACCUCAUGACAACAUCAGACCCAUCUAGCUCUACCCCAGGACCAUCCACGUGAUGUCAUGUUUUACUAGAAACUCUUUUAACCAGUCAGAUUGAACAGGAACCACUUCUCCUCCUUCCUGUCGGAGCUUGUCGUGUAUUUGAACAACAAACUGAACUUUGAGAAGAGAAAUAACAAUAAGAACAAAAAAGACAUGUAGCAGGUUUUCUUUGACUGUCUUUUCUUUUCUUUCCUACUCAGACUUAUCUCCCCAUCCCCUCUUUUUUAUUCUAUCAAUAUAUUUCUCUCACUGUGUUAGUGUUUUAAUAAGGAGCAGGCUGGAUGUGGCUAGUGUUGGAAGUGGGAAUGAUUCAACAGCAGUGCCAAAUUUCCACUCAAGAGCUUUUAAGCAAGAUUGGUUUUCAAGCAAUUUGUUUUCGUAGUAUAAAGCCCCAUCUUUUCUUUCCACGUGUGAGACACACAUAAUUCACCAUCAUGUAAGUGGAUCAAGGGGAUGAUUGGUGCAAUAUCUGUAAUUGGCACUAGAUGGCUGCAUAAUAUUCAAAUAAGCUGUGGAGACAAUUGUGCAUUGCAAAAGCUCUCUUAGGAUAUUAUUGUAUUACACUACUUUAUUGCAUCUUUGCAGAGUUUGUAGAUGAUGGAUUAUAUGAAGCACAAUUCCUCAUUGUAUUUUCCAGAACAUGCAGGCCCGAGUUGUAAUUGCACAAUCUGCAGGUAACAUAUUUUUCGUACGUGAAAAGCUGUUCAGUUAAUCUUAACUCAUGUUCCAGAUUAUGGACAAUGUAAUUCACUGUAACCAAGGUUCAAGUCACAGUACCACACACAAUUGUGCUGAGGAAACGAUCUGGUACUUUGACUAUUUCCUUUCAGCAAAUAAGACUGAACGAUAUACUGUGAAUGUUUUUACGUUCCGGUUUUAGGUGCACACACAGUAGCUGAGACUUCGCUGAAGGCAGUCAGUAAUAACUCCUGUUAUCAAGAUUUUCAGAUGACUGUUUGACUUUGAGCAAUAUUCCCAUCUUCAAUGUGACAGGGAUGUGAUGGCACAUCUGUUUGCAUCUGAGACAUUGUAACUGUUUGUCGUCUAUUUAAAAAAUGAGAUCAUUUGUUUCAGCCAGAGUCAGAUGCUCAACAUAAUCAGUGUUUUUUCUUACAGCUAGAUAGUUUUCACCUAUUUCAAUCAGAUGUGAUUGUAAUAAUGAGUUAAAGUCUGCAGCACCUGGCUCCGGUUGACCAAUGUGAAUAUGAAAUGCUGUGUAUUCGACAGAGUGUGGUGAACUGUAGCACUGAACCUUCUGUGAGCUGUGCCAAAAGCCAUCUACUUUAUAAACGGUGCCAAUGUUGCCAACAUUGCAACGCACACACACUCUGGAUUUUCAUAAGGUCAACACAUCCACUUCAUCCCUCACACUAAGACCAGCCACAGCCCAGCUCUUCUUAUUGUAGUUGAAUGUAGCUUUGACAUGAUGUAGCAAAAGAACACCUACUUUUAGACUUUGUAGCUUUUUGGAUGCUGUUGAUAAAGGCUCGAAGGAGGGGGGGUGGGGGCGGGUUGACCUGCUAUGUGAGGGACUGUGCGUUGUGUUUGUGCAUGUUGUCACAGAUCGAAGGGUUAGUCGACCUUCUCAAUUCCCCUUUUGACUCCUUUGCCUUUCAGUGAGAGCAGACUGUAACUUUUAUUAUCUGCACAUGCAUUGCUUUUUUCUAGGUCUGUAUGGGGCAAUUUUUAAAAAGCAAUCUGUCUUUGUUUUAUUUUAUCUAUUAAUUUAGAGAAAUGCUUUUGCCGUUACCCAUCUUUUGGAAAACUCCAGCGUCAUUGCAUGUUUUGCUGAAUGAAAUCUCAAAGAUUUGUGGCAGGAGGGUUGUGUAGUUCAACUGUAGCAAAUGCUUAGGACCCAGGGCGGCCACCUUUCAGUGAGGUAGUGCGCUCGCUUGACUCUGCACCCCGACAGUGGAUCCCACGGCAACAGUUCGACUGCUUCACGUGUAGUAGAACACAGUCAUUUUCAACCAACCAACAGGGCUUAAACCUGGUAUGUCAUUGAGCAUUAUUGAUUUCUACUGAGGCGCUAAUACUUAAGUCUGUGACUGCAUGAACAGAAGUGACUCUUAAAAAACCCUCUGGCUUAUUUUGUUUUAUUUAUUUUAUUAAAUGCUGAGAAAAAAGAAUAUAUUAAAAUAUACUAUG